AUGGCCACCAACUCGCCGCUCCACACGAGCAUAUCUACGGGCUCACUGCGUGGCUCACCGGCCCUCGUGACCAACCUGCGCCAAACUAUUCAAGAAUGGAAGGGGGCUUUGGGUCGAUUUAGCCGGCCCACGUCUCCGUUGCCAACCCAACGCCCUGCUGAGGUGGAGCUCAUCGACCAGCCUGACCAGCCCCCUUCGAUUCGCUAUCGAGAUGAUCACAACCGCACUUCAAUUCUCGAUGCGCGCGACAUCUGUGCCCUCAGCGUUAUCAUGUUUACAGAUCCGGGGCGACAAUUGGCGCAGGGGCACGUCAUGAUUGUCAAGACGGUUCAGAGUCUCAAUCUUCAGCAAUGGACAGAUUGGAUCAAGGGCAUUGUCCUCUUCUUCAACGGCUUUUUGCUGCUCACGCUCGUCACGGGGCCCAUCACAGCCUUUGUGCUCCUUGCCCUGGCCGUGCACAAGCGCAGUGACUUGGAUGCUAUCGUCACCUCAUCCUAUGAGCUCAAACCCAAGCAAUGGGCGGACAUCAAGUGUCGCUCAGCCGUGAUCUUGAUCUGGAUCAAUCUGUCUCGAUUCUUCUUUUACGCUGGAUGGACGACCCUUGGGGUCUGGCUGUUCCUCAGCGGCGCCAUUAUGGUUGUUUUGGGUGACCGUGUCGCCUCCUGGUUUCGCCUGCCCGACCAGUUUCGCUAUAUCCAACCCAACUACCCAAUCAUGAUCACCUAUGCUCCCGCCAAAAGCAAGCAAGACUACAAACGCCUUUCGCAGCUUCUGCGCUUUCGAGACUCGGUGCUCGACGUUCCCGAGUAUGCUCGACGGAUGCGUCACAUCUCCAUCGGCUCGUACUGGACAGAGACAAUCAUGAGUGUACUCGUGUAUCAUAACAUCUACAACAGCAUCAGCUUUCGACGCUAUCUUUACGUCUUUGUGACGUACAUUUUGCCGGUGGUCUUCACAUUUCAGGUCCUCUACACCACCUGGCCCCAUAUCUCCCGGCACCACAACCGCUUCAUCAGCAGCGUCAACGCUGACAUGGGAGUCGUUUCCACCCGCUAUAUCCUCCGCUCGAUGCGUGCCACCAUCUACCUGCCCGCUUUGCCUCAGUUUGUGCAAAACUUUUUCGAGUGGUUGGGCGACUUGACCGACUGGGCAACCGCCUGGACCGCCUACGUGACUGGCUUCAUUGUUCCCAUUGACGCUCUUAUGGUGUAUUUCAAGGCCAAAUUUGAGCCUAUUCAACGCCUCUGCAUCAUGCUCUUCCGCCUGAUCCAGCCUCUCCUGGUGAUGGUCUAUGCUGCUCUCGAAGGCUCUCAUCGUGCGCUCUUGCCCAUGUUUCGGGUGUUGUUCUUGUUUGGGAACCGUGUCGUCUCGCCGAUCCGACUUUUUGUGCGUGCCACAGCGAUGCAGCCUGUGCACGAGGUGCGCGAGUUUAUGCGUCGCUACUUUGGCAUGCAAUUGGCCUACGAGACCGAAUGCGAUCGCUUGAUUCGCACUCUCCCCGCCAUGCGACGCUUGGGUCGACCUGCUGCGGGCAUGGAGCCCUCGCAUCCGCCGCAGAGCCAACAGUCCAGCAUGCCGAGCUGGUCCGAUCAUGAUGCAAAGGGGACCGAUGACGAGGAGCUGGUACAAGGCCGCACGAUGCGCUCCAGCUCUUUACCCAGCCGGCUGCCUGCCAACUCACUCGUGGCACUAUCGCGAGGCACAUCAGCCGCCGCAUCCCGGCCCAGCACGCCAAAUCUGGGCUCCCCACUCACUCUUGGCGAGGGGCCUUUGCGUCGACGCCUUGCCUCAACACCUCGUGCUGACUCGCUCAAGCAGGCAAACCCACAUACCCGCACUUUUUCGCCUGUCCCAACUCAUCCCCGGGACAAGCUGGACGUCCCUACGAACGCCGCCACACCCACCACCUCAUCUUCAGUACCACUUGAACCGAGUCGCAAAGACGAUGAUGAUGCUCACACCAAGACAGAGUAA